CACCCCGACGCCACGGUUCCUGCAACACAGGACCACUAUUGCCUCUUCACAUCCUCCCCGAGAGAGCAGAAAGGUGACCUCUGAGGAUCUGAUAGUUUUAUGGGAAGCAAAAAGGUGGAGUUCGCAACCUCUUUCUUUAACUGGACUACCUCCGGGCUCCUCUCCACCUCUCCCCACAACAACCGGGCUUCUCACCAACGCGCAAGCGCACUUCCUGCCGUCCGCUCCAAGGCUGGGCUGACUCUCUUGUCUCGCCAUUUAAAUCAAACGGUAUUGAGAUGGAUUGGGUUAUGAAACAUAAUGGUCCAAAUGACGCUAGUGAUGGGACAGUACGACUUCGUGGACUGCCAUUUGGUUGCAGCAAAGAGGAAAUAGUUCAGUUCUUUCAAGGGUUGGAAAUCGUGCCAAAUGGGAUAACAUUGACGAUGGACUACCAGGGGAGAAGCACAGGGGAGGCCUUCGUGCAGUUUGCUUCAAAGGAGAUAGCAGAAAAUGCUCUGGGGAAACACAAGGAAAGAAUAGGGCACAGGUAUAUUGAGAUCUUCAGAAGUAGCAGGAGUGAAAUCAAAGGAUUUUAUGAUCCACCAAGAAGAUUGCUGGGCCAGCGACCGGGACCAUAUGAUAGACCAAUAGGAGGAAGAGGGGGUUAUUAUGGAGCUGGGCGUGGAAGUAUGUAUGACAGAAUGCGACGAGGAGGUGAUGGAUAUGAUGGUGGUUAUGGAGGUUUUGAUGACUAUGGUGGCUAUAAUAAUUAUGGCUAUGGAAAUGAUGGCUUCGAUGACAGAAUGAGAGAUGGAAGAGGUAUGGGAGGACAUGGCUAUGGUGGAGCUGGUGAUGCAAGCUCAGGUUUUCAUGGUGGUCAUUUUGUACAUAUGAGGGGAUUACCUUUCCGUGCAACUGAAAAUGACAUUGCUAAUUUCUUCUCACCACUAAAUCCAAUCCGAGUGCAUAUUGAUAUUGGAGCUGAUGGCAGAGCAACAGGAGAAGCAGAUGUAGAGUUUGUGACACAUGAAGAUGCAGUAGCUGCCAUGUCUAAAGAUAAGAAUAACAUGCAACAUCGAUACAUUGAACUCUUCUUGAAUUCAACUCCUGGAGGCGGCUCUGGAAUGGGAGGUUCUGGAAUGGGAGCCUAUGGCAGAGAUGGAAUGGAUAAUCAGGGAGGCUAUGGAUCUGUGGGAAGAAUGGGAAUGGGGAACAAUUACAGUGGAGGAUAUGGUACUCCGGAUGGCCUGGGUGGUUAUGGCCGUGGUGGUGGAGGCAGUGGCGGUUACUAUGGGCAAGGUGGCAUGAGUGGAGGUGGAUGGCGUGGGAUGUACUGAAGCAUAACCACCGAUAUAAAAGUCCUGACAACAGCAUCUGGUCUACUAGACUUUCUUACAGAUUUAAUUUCUUUUGUAUUUUAAGAACUUUAUAAUGACUGAAGGAAUGUGUUUUCAAACUAUUAUUUGGUAAAGCAACAGAUUGUGAUGGGAAAAUCUGUUUUCUGUAGGUUUUAUUUGUUGCAUACUUUGACUUAAAAAAAUAAAUUUUUAUAUUCAAACCACUGAUGUUGAUACUUUUUAUAUACUAGCUAUUCCUGAGGAUGUGCUGCUUUCAUAAGAUUUGGGUUGAUGUAUUUUACUAUUAGCUGUACAAGAAGUAGUUUAGUGUAAUCUUAGAGGACAGUGGUUCACCUCUGCAUAAACUACAAGUCUUAAUAAGCAGACAUCUAGAAUAGAGCUUGGAAAAUAAUUAGUGUAACUCUUUAAUAAUUUCUCCUUGACAAUACUGUAAAUAUAAAACCUUAAAGAUGAAUUUAGGUGGCUUCAGGAGUAUAAAUUCAGCUAAUUCUAUAUUAUUCUUUUUCAAAAGUCAUUUAUCAGGCAUAGCUCUGAAAUGUUAAUGAUCUAAGAGGUAUCUGGCUAUAUGAAUAUUCAUAAUUGUGUUACCUGCAGAUGGGAGUGUUUAAAGUUUAAAUUCUAGCCCUAGAUUUUAGAAUAAAUCCCCUCAGCACUUGACUGACGUACCAAAAAAAUGUUACCCAAAAGUGAUAGUUGUAAGUUCUCAAAAUGUCUUAGACUAAGUUAAGGUUCUCAGUGACAUGAGCAUUCAGUGCAAGUACAAAGAUAUUUACCAUGGAGUAUAAUUAAUUCUCACAGAUGUAUUUUCAGUUUCCAGCCCAGUAGUUAAAGCAUAUGGUUUUUUAAUAACAACUGUAUAGAUGACUACUUUAAAAAAAAAAAUGUAAGACACAAGUCCAUGUCUUGAGAGUCUUGAGAUUGGAUUUUGCAUCUGAUGAUAUGUUUGGAGUUUUAGAGCCAUUGUGUUAAAAAAUUAUAUGUAGCAAGGAAAAGGUGCUUUUUUACUUUUAAUCCCUUUGAUCAAUAUGGCUUUUUUCCAAAUUGGCUAAUGGAUCAAAAUGAAACCUGUCAAUGUGAAUUCAGUUAUUGAACUUGUUACUUGUUUUUGCUAGAAAUGUUAUUAAUGUAAUAAAUAUCAUUGUGGGAGAUAAGA